AUGGAGCGAACCCCUGUCAGAGUUUGUGAGCGGGUUCUUGCUGCCACUGCAUCCGGUGUCGUGAUCACGAACUUUGCAAUUGUUAUGGCAAAAUCCCUUGCUAGUACUUUCAAGGAACUGUUCGAUCAAGGUUCCUGCAACACUCUGCGGGGAACCUACGAGUCUAUGUCAUGGGUCUAUUACUCCUCCGGCCGAAUAGGUGCAAUCGAGAAGUAUCUCGAUGAUACCAAUGGCAAUAAGCUUUGCGGCACUGAAUGUCUGCGUAUGGACCAUGGAGGCACUUGGGAUGGAUGGUUGAAAAUCGGUCCUAUCGCAAACUUCGAAUCAAACGCCUACUAUGGUCUCGCACUGACCUUUAGCAGUUGUAUCCCAUUGCCAUUUAUAAUGUAG